UAAUUGAACGCUUCCCUCUAUCCACGCAUUCGCAUUUUGCCUAUCUAUCGCAUUACGACGGCCUACGACGGUCAAAAUCGUGUGUGAGUGUCGUGUCUUGAUGUGUGACGCGGUGGUCUGUGCGUGGCUUCGCCAGCAGCAUAAGUUUUCUUUCGACGUGUAACCGUGCCGACGAGCAGAUCGUCGCCUGCUGCGUUUCGCGAGGAAAAAGUUCAGGAGUUUUCCUCGGGUUCGAAAGCGCAUCAAGUCAAUUUCUGUGAUCUUUCCGGGCCGUGAUCGAUUCGGGCUGGGUCCUCCACCGGUGGAGACGCGCGAUUGGUUGUGAUAUUUCGCUGAAGCAGAACUAAAUUCACACAGCAGCGGUUGUGGUGGCUUCACGUGCCAUGCAUGGAUUAGCGAAAGUGAUAUAAUUGUAGCCUCCUCGUUGCCUCUCCUCCGCACUAAAAUUUGCGACGUCGAUAACAACAAAUCGCUCUGGGGCGAAAAACAAAUUAUAUAAGUUCCGAUGUGAUAUUAGUGCUGCAAAUACGACAAAUUUGCGAAUUUCCACAAAUAAAAGUGUGUGAAAAUAACCCAACAAAUCAAUGAAAAGUGCAUUCAUUUUGAAUAGUUGAAGAAAAAAAAUCUGUGUCAAUAGAAGGGUGAGAGUAAAGCAAGGCGGAAGAGCGAAACACAAGAGUCGCAUAUACGGCAGUAGGCGCUGUUUAGAGGUCGCCUGCUGCAGUUUCGAGGCCUACUGAGUUGUGAGUGCACAACAUCGUGCCGUGCGUCUCUGCUGCAGUUUCUACGCAUCGAAGUAGGCAGUCGAAGUGUUAUCACCAGCAACCAGGCAACAGCAACAACAACGGGAACGACGACGAUGCUGAAUCCGGUAGAAGCGUUGGCAAAUCUAUCGGGGGCAUCGCAGCCUGCCAUCCGACUGAUUCUUUCCGUACUGGCAGCAUAUCCUCUUGGUGCAGUCUAUCGGAACCUGAAGACUUCCAUCACCGUAAAAAACCUGUACAUCGCAGCAACCGGUCUCGCCAUCGUGCUGUUCAACUAUGGAUUCGACUUGUAUCACAGCCUACUGGCGGUGGCCGCCAGCUAUUUCCUGAACACAUUCUUCGCCACCACCAGCCUACUGGUGCCACUUAGCUUCUGCUAUCACCUCGGCUAUUUGCUCAUCGGCUACUACUACACCACGUCCGACACAUACGACAUCAAAUGGACUAUGCCCCACUGCGUACUUGUGCUGCGGCUAAUUGGAUUAGCGUUCGACAUCUCGGACAGUCGCGAAAAGGAGCGCCAGAACAAGAGCGACGAUAAGUGCGUUGGAGUUCCGUCGUUGCUGGAGUUGAUUGCGUUUACGUACUUUCCGGCUUCGGUGCUGGUUGGGCCUCAGUUUACGUUGCUUCGCUAUCGGCGAUUUGUGAGCGGACAGUAUGAGCAGCAUACGACCGGUGCCCCUGCUUAUGCGGCCAAGAAGUUUUUGCAGGGAGCUUUCUAUCUGGUGGUGAAUCAGGUGGGAUCGCAAAUCGUACCGGAUUCGUAUCUGCUGUCGCCGGAGUACGAGGAGGACUCGUACUUCAUGAAGCAUGUGUACAUGGGCAUGUGGGGACGGGUUUCUCUGUACAAGUACAUCUCGAUUUGGCUGCUGGCUGAGGGGGCUGCUGUGCUGUUCGGUCUGACCUACAUCGAUGCCAAGCCGGGCGAACGGGAGUACGAUCCGGACGAACUUUCCGGCUGCACCAAUAUCAAGGUCGGUGUCUUUGAGAACACGAGCAAAUUCGGUCAUUACGUCGAGUCGUUCAACGUCCAAACGAACCACUGGGUCGCCGUGUAUGUCUACAAGCGGCUGAAGUUCCUGAACAACCGUGUCCUGAGCCAUCUGGGGGCGUUGCUGUUUUUGGCCAUCUGGCACGGAUUCCACAGCGGUUACUACAUGACGUUCUUCAUGGAGUUCAUGGUGAUCCGGAUGGAGAAGGAGAUCGAACCAAUUCUACAGAAGAACGAACGCGUUCAAGCGCUGCUGCAGCAACCCCUGGUCAAGGUGGCCGUCUUCGUUGUGCUCAAGUUCUACACGAUCGUCUUUGCCGGUUGGUGUUUGGUUCCGUUCGUAUUCCUCAGCUUCUCCAAGUGGUGGCACAUCUACACCGUGGUUCGAUUCAGCGGGCUAUUCCUCUUCUUGUUGGGUAACUUUGCCUCCAGGCCGAUAUUGAAGGCCAUUCUACCUGCAAAUCCAACGCCCGCUACCGAAGCGAAGAAGGCACAGUAAGCCCUUUUUCUAGACUUGAAUUCGUCAAUUUUCCGAAUGGUUUGUGAAGCUUUAACCAAAAUGCAAAAUAUUCUAUCAGACCUGUAUAAGAAAAGAUUCAAGAAAGACAUUUGAAUCCAUCCACCAGCCUCUGAACUGGUUUUCAUUUCGUAGAAUCUUUUUGAUUUGCUAAAAUAACUUAGUUGUUCGCAUUAUUUGAAAUGAAAACAUCGACUGCACUAAAGAUUGAUUUAUAUAAUUUAUACUGAUGUCAGGUAUUUAAUACAUCGACGACAUAUACAUCCACGUACGCAACUCUAGAUAUACGACCGAGUUUGAUAAGUUUGAGUAUCGCGAUCUGCUACGACUACCUCUUGCCAAUAUUGAGCCCUCGUUCUUUCGGUUUCCUAACUGUAUUUUCUUCCCCCCGGACCUGACGUUCCUGUACUACAUAAAAGCGUAAUACCCCCUAUUAUCCGAUUUUCCAACUAAGCAAUGAACGACUAUACACCUAUGAUACAGAAUUAUUAAUUAAAAAACGUAAAUUAAACGAACCGUUCAAAGUUUUACACACGCAAUGCAAAACCGUUAGAAGGUAAUUUUUAUCUCACCAUCUCACUCGUUAGUUCUUAUCGAUCUGAUAAAAGUAAAACUUAUAAACAACACCUGUGCUAGUGCCAGUUGGUAGAGUGAAAUUAUAACAAGAAAAAGUAUUUAUUUUUAUAGGGAAAAGAAAGAAAAACAAAUAAUUAAAAUCGGAAAUCGAAUAAUGGUAAGAGAACCCACUGCAGCAACCCAGAGAGAUGCACAGAGAUUGGAGUGCACUAGUUUUGGUAGAUAUUCUUCCAUAGCUUACACAACUGAAAGAAAAGGAUACUACUGUUGAACAGCAGCCAGCAGUAUCAGCCUAUAGACAUUAGAACAAAACCGGAAAAAGCGAUAAAAACGUUGAAAACAGUAGAAAUAGGUCAAACAAAUGAGUAAUUUUAAAUGAAACUUCAAAUAAAUAAAGCAAAGUGCUAGUCAGUUUUUGAGUUGAAUGAAAUCGA